AUGGUUCAGACUUCAGAGGCAAGUCAAUCACAUAAUUGCGAUGGUUGCUGUGAAGUCUCUGGCUACGGCUAUUACUGUUCAAGCUGUGAGUUUGGGGAGCAUCUGAAAUGCAUCGACUGGCCAGAAAUCAUCAACCACCCUUGUCACUCAAGGAAUCUUCUCAAGAUAGUGUCCAUCAGGACAAUUGACUAUACUGGUAAAGUAUGUCAUCUUUGUAACAACCCACUUGGUUAUCCCAUGUAUCAUUGUUCCAUUUGA